GGGAUAUUAGCCCUAGUACUCUCCUUCUUGUGCCCAUUAGAUAUACGCGGGAUUCUUAUGAGAUGUCACGCGCGAUUCCAAAAAUGAGUUGUGGGCGCCUCCUUUUCAGCUUAGCCCUCUGCCUAGUCCCCGCUACAUUCGUCGCAGCGGAAAGCGGCAUUUAUGAUUUCUUUGCAGUAGGCGAACGAUAUUUUCCAGACAAAGGAGCAGACUAUUGUGGUUGCGAAAGGUAUUGGGAUGACUUGGAAGAGAGUUAUGAUGAAGCAGCGGAACUGGUAGACGCUGCGGUGAAAUCAAUGGCAUAUAUCAAGAAGACCCCAAGACCAAAAUUGGCGGGCAAAGAGCAAUGGAAUUGGGACCGGCAAGGGGGGCCUUUGACGAGUCUGUUCGCGAUAGAGCUAGAUAUAGAGAACGGAGGCCCAAAGGAGAACUCAAAGCAUAGGUGGGAUUAUGUUGAAAAGAUUUAUGGCGAUAUGAAGUAUGGUUUCGAUAACAAGAAAACCCGAGAUAAUAGGCCAAAUGCGCUCUAUUGUGGACAAGGAGGAUUCAAGUAUUACGAGCCCAAUGCGAAUUACCCCUUAGAUCCUACCGGGAAGACAAAGGUCAAGGAUAAAUAUCAGUUUGGGAUGGUUUACUUCAACUGGAGGAAGUUCGUACGGAACAGUGACAAUGAACCGAAAGCAAUCGAAUAUUGCGUGCCAAGCAAGAAUACUAUGGCCAGAACAAAUGCCAAGAUGAGUUUUAUAAUGUGGUGCUCCCUUGAGGAUUGGCCAACGUUAGAUGUGGAACAUGUCGAGGAAGGUGAGGCCUUAGACAGGUAUCAGCGACACUCUGGAUCAGGAGCCUGGGUACAUGAAUUGGCUCAUUACUAUGGUUGUUAUGAAGAAACCAUCUUGAUAGACCAACCUGCGGUCGAUGAGAAUGGGGCGCUCAUACCAAACACAGCAACAUAUUACAUAGCCCUGAUCUUUAAUCUAGUUCGCUACAAGCCUGACUUGGCUUGCAAAACCGCCGAUUCUUAUAAGUGGUAUGCGGUAGCAAUGUAG